AUUUCCUUUCUGACUUCCUCUUCCCAAGUUCGUUGCUGUUUUUAGUCUGUCAGUUCAUUCAUAGAGUAUCCUCCCGUGGAGCGCUACUCAUCUCGAGACCCAGCCUAACCACUGCGAAGAAUGUGAAGUCGGUCCCUUGCAAGUCAGAGACCAGAACACACAGAAAACGAAAGAAAGAGAGCAUAACGGCAUAAUUUAUUGCACGACAUUUUCACAUCCUCAUCUGGGAGGUAUCUUUCGCCAUGGUGUCCAGUGUGGAAGAAUCGCAGGCCCCAGUGCUUGUUGGGAUCUCGAUUGGGUUCGCGGUAUUGACCUUCCUCGUCAUUUUUCUCCGUCUGUUUGCCCGAAUAUAUGUGCUGGGGAAGAUGAGUGUAGAUGACUUCUUGAUUAUUGGUGCUUGUCUUCUGUCUUGGGCUUUUAUUGCAGCCACCUUAGUUUGUGUCGAGAACGGAAUGGGAAAACACAUGGACGACGUCGACCAGAGCAAGCUGAUGCCAUACGCUUUUUCGGUCUGGUUGAGUUCGAUGUUCUACCUGGCUUGCUUAGGAUUCGUCAAGACCUCCGUGCUCUGGUUCUACACUCGACUGGGUGAUCGCUAUCUCACUCGCUUGUCUUACAUCAUGUUCGGGGUUGUCACGGCGCAGGCUACUGCCAAUGUCCUAGUAGCUGCGUUUCAAUGCCAACCUGUGGCUAAGGCCUGGGCAACCACCUUGCCUGGCCACUGCGUCGACAUCAACGUCUUCUAUCUCUGCAAUGCUGCUCUCAACAUCUUUACCGAUGUUCUGACCUACACGCUACCUAUCAAAGUUAUCUUCAACCUUCAGAUUCCGCGGAAGCAGAAGAUCGCGCUUGUCUUUACCCUUUCGCUUGGUUUAUUCGCCUGUGUCUCGUCCAUCAUCCGAAUCACCUACAUCCCAGCCAUGCUUAGCUCCCCCGAUUCGACCUACGUGAUCAGCGGCGCCAUGUACUGGUCCGUUAUCGAAACCAACGUCGGAAUCUUCGCCGCCUCCAUCCCAUCCUUCAAGGCGAUUGCCUCCCGCUUCCUUCCCCGCAUCAUUGGCGAAUACAGCAGUCAGAAGAAAUACGGACCAUGGUCGAACAGCGGAGAACAAGGUCGACGGUACGGGUACGGCUCGAACUUUUCGAAAGCUCGCGACCCGCAUGCGAUAACUUUGGGCACGAUGGUUGCAGAUGAUGAUCAAGAUUAUGGGACUCAUACUCACACGGGAUACCAAAGCAACUCGAGCGAAGAGAGAAUCAUCAUUCCUGAGGGGAAGAUUCUCGCUCAAACGCAUAUUUCGACCAAUGUGGAGGUUCAGCGGGAUUAUUCGGAUGGUCUGUCGUUCGACCAUGGGCGUCGUCAGUCCUAGGCUUCUAGUGCACACGCUGCAUUCUCCUUUCCUUCGCUAUGAACAUACACAUGAACUAUCAGACCGUCUCAGCGCUGGCGUCGAGACUCGAUGGUUUCUCCCGAACUACACUCCGGAGACCAUUGUAUAUUAUUUCGGGCUUUUACAACAACAUCUUUGACCGGUGGAACUUUGCAUUUUACGAAAAAUAUAUACCCCUCUCUUUCCUCAUGAUCGAUACAACUCAGGCUAUUAGGCAGUCUGACGCUGGUAUCAUCAUUCUUCUGUCACUCUUAAUUCCCUUCAUCCCCUUUGUCAAUGCGUGUACAGGAAGUCACUAUUUUGUGUGCUUUACAUCUAUUUAAUAGCCAGAAGAGAUAUUGCUAGCAGUGACUGGCACUUGUGAUAAUGCAUCAAUUUCUAUAGCAAAGUUUUGCUUCGGGA